ACGAUCUAUUUUUUUUCCCAGUUUCCUCCUGUUACCCCCAUUAUAUGUCAACAAACCAUCCAACCCUUCCCAAUCAUCAAUCCGAGUUACAAAUCCACCUGGACAAUGACACCCUCAUCAUGCAUGGCUCACAGCAGGAGUCUUCCGGGUGUGUUUUGCGUGGACACGUUCGUCUGAACCUUAAAGAAGCGACCAAGUUCAAGUCUAUCACUCUACGUCUCGUUGGUAAAAUCAAGGUUGCCUGGUCCGAAUCUACGACGUCAUCUUCACCUCAGAAGUUUCAUAAGGAAGAGAGAACGAUCAUUAACAAGGAGUGUUCCUUCUUACCUACUCGAAGGAAUCAAUCACACCAGUUGUCAGCUCAACAACAUCGAUGGGAUUUUGAGUUUGCUUUACCCGGAGAUUUACCUGAUUCGAUCGAGAACAACGAUACCGGCAGUGUACAGUACCGCCUGAAGGCCAUUGCUGAACGUCCCACGUUUUUGCUCAAUUACACAGACAAAAAAUCCGUGCGUAUUGUUCGCCAUGUCUUACCUUCCAACACUGAAUGGUUUUCACCCAUGACUAUCACCAAUGAAUGGGCCAACAAGCUCGAGUAUCACAUCAGCGUACCCUCCAAAGUGUUUACCGAAGAUGAGAUCAUCCCUGUCAACCUCCGCAUCGUUCCCAAGUUACCAGGAUUGAAAGUUCGCUAUUUAACGUGCUCCCUCAAGGAAUAUGUUACGUAUUCAGCUGGCAGCAACAACCAAUUUAGCAAGACAGAAGGUCGCAUCGUCCAAUUCUUCCGCGAUGAACAAUUCCCAUGCAGGGGUGACGUUUGGCAGAAGACUCAGCGAAUUAAGGUCCCACGCUGCCCAAGUGGCGUUCAGUUCGAUACCAAAAAUGAAUUGAUUCGCAUCCGUCACAAACUCAAGUUCACUAUGAGUUUGAUCAACGCGGAUAUGCAUAUUUCCGAACUACGCGCCGCUCUUCCUGUCAUCAUCUGUCCCAUUUCGCAAAGAACGGAAGAAAACACCCUUCCAGCUUAUGAAGAAGCCCUUAGAGCCGUCCCGUAUUUUGAUCCCUCCGAAUACAAUUAUUCCUCGGGUGAUUCGGCUGCUGGUUCACCGGUAGAGGAGCGUGAGGCUUUGUUUGAAAAUACCGAAGCCGCGGACAGAGCUGUUCAAUAUCUGCAUCAACAAUGGGCUGCUUCUUUGAAUCGUGUUCCCUCUUACCGAACUGCUUUACGAGACCGACCAGCCGUCGACCGCCCUACUUCACUACCUUCUUAUGACUCGCUGUGUGUGAUGUAAGAGUACAUCUUGGCCUGAAUACCCAGCUACUCACCACAAACCGGCUUUUUUCAUAUGGUUGACAAGGUGUUAUUAAUUGCCAGGGGGGACGAGAACAAAUUUUGUACAUAACCUUGUUCUUUCACCCCUUCCUGCGUUACGAUACACCACUCCAUCCCUCACUAUGUAUCAUAUUACCCCUUCCCCACCUCGUCUUACCUUCUCUGUUGGCAGUUUGUAGUUUUUACCAUAGGAAUGGCUGUAACAUUACAUAAUGUGAUAAACCUAUUGUACAUAUCGCUAUCGCCAAUGACCUUUAUGCUCUGAGAGCAACCGAACAAUAAUAAUAAAUACUCGAAUAAGCACAACCUGUAUGUGUAGUGGA